AUGAUCUUUUUUAGCCGAAUUAUCAGUGACAUAAAAAGCGAAAUCCUUUCUCUGAAUGAAGGUUGUCAAUUCGAGCCAACCUUAGCUGUGCUGCAGGUCGGACAUCGAGAAGACUCAGACAUCUACUUGCGUGAACAAAUCAGAGCUGCUCAGCGCUGUGGAAUUCGUAUUAAAUGUUUCUCUUUUCCUUGCUCUGUUGACGCGGCAGAGGUUAUCAAUCAGAUAAAGAUGCUCAACCAAAACCCAGACAUUCACGGGAUCGUCACUCAGUUCCCUCUAAUCUCAACUCAAGGCAUCACCGCCGAAGAAAUUGCGAAUGCAAUUGAACCAAAUAAAGAUGUCGAUGGUGUGUCUGCUGCGCAAGUAGCCCGUCUUCCCAAUGGCGAUUACCUUCGGUCGGAUGAUGGGAGCAAUUUUCAAACUCACAUUCCCUGUGCUGCAGCAGCUUGCCUGCUUCUCCUGCAAGAAACUGGACUCAAACUGAGCGGCUCACGUUGUCUUGUGGUAGGACGUGGUCGCCUAAUCGGGGUGCCGAUAGCCAGCUUGAUGUUGUGGUCCGCAAAUGCCACCGUGACUCUCUGUCAUGAAGGCACGCGAUGCCUGGAAGACGAGGUCACACGUGCUGAAAUUGUCAUCACGGGUGUUGGGAAACCUGGCAUUGUGAGGGGUGAGUGGAUUCGACCUGGGGCAGCUGUCAUCGAUUGUGGAAUGAACACACCACCCAGCGCAUCUUGUCGAAUUACAGAUGGCGAAAGAAAGCUGGUGGGCGACGUCAAUUUUGAAGAGGCCGUUGACCACGCGGGGUGGAUAACGCCAGUCCCAGGAGGAGUCGGACCUGUGACAGUUGCUCUCCUCUUGAGAAACACGCUGAACGCUGCAAAGAAAUACCACGGCCUCACUACACAUCCACUGUUGAUGACACCGACCGGGGUAUUUUCAGAUCAGCUGGGUGAAUUGCGCAACUCCCUCGCUCAAUCCGUCUAG